GGAAUCUUCUUCCCUAAUAGAAAAACUAUAAACUCUUUUUUUGCGUGUGUAUGAACUAAUUUUUUUUUUCAAUAAAUGAAAUUCCUUGAAGAUAAUACAAUCUUUUAUAAAAAUUUAUUUCCGAAUUAAGGCUCUUUAUUUCUUUCUCUGUCAGCAAAUUGGUCGAAUUUUAUUUUUGUUUUUAUUUGAAGAUGAAGGAAAAGCAUAGCAUUUGGCGUACAAGUGAUAACUCACAAUUUUCUUAUGUAUUUAGUUCCCUACUUUUUUAAGCCAACCAUUUUGCUUCAGAAUCUCUUUGCGUUGGGAACCUUUUCAAAGUUCUUACGCUUUUUUUGGCCUCUGAUAUUUGCCCAGAUCCAUUUUGCAGCACUUGAUUCUGUGUCAGAUUGAGCCAAACUACUUUCUGCAUUAGUAGUCAUCAAAAGAACUCUGUUUUGAGCAAAUUGGAAGUAAUAUUGACAUGUCCUUUCUCGGUUCAGUGCUUUAGUUAUUGAAUUUCUUAAGCUUGAAUAAAAGGUUAGAGGGAACUGAGAUGGACAUUGGAGCUCUUUUAACUUCUGCCGGAAUCAAUAUAGCUAUAUGUGUUGUGCUUUUGUCUUUGUAUUCCAUACUGAGGAAACAACCGAGCAAUGUUAGUGUGUAUUUCAUGCGGAGGCUUAUUUCAGAACCAAUAAAGCAUAGUGAUCCUUUUCACUUUGAGAGACUUGUUCCCUCUGCUAGUUGGAUCGUGAGGGCCUGGCAAGCGACCAAUGAAGAAAUAUUGGCUGCUGGUGGUGUGGAUGCUCUAGUUUUCUUGAGAAUAGUUGUUUUCAGUAUUCGGAUAUUCAUCAUUGCUGCUGCGAUUUGUGUUUUUCUAUUGCUUCCAGUAAAUUAUUAUGGACAAGAAAUGCAGCACAAGCAAAUCCAUUCAGAAUCACUGGAAGUAUUUACUAUUGGAAAUGUAAAGGAAGGAUCACAAUGGUUUUGGACCCACUGUCUUGCAUUAUAUGUCAUAUCCUGCUCAGCUUGUGUUCUACUUCACUUUGAGUACAAAAAUAUCACUAAAAUGAGAUUAGCACAUAUUACUGGCUCUCCUGUGAAUCCAAGUCAUUUCACAGUUCUAGUCCGUAGCAUCCCAUGUUCUCAGAAUCAUUCAUACAGUAAGUCGGUAGAAGACUUCUUUUCAACUUAUUAUCCGGCAAGCUAUGUGUCCCACCAGAUGGUAUAUCGGGCUGGUAGAGUUGACAAAUUAAUGAAGGAUGCAGAAAAAAUGUACAGAAUGCUAAAAACCAUUGAGUCGCAGACUAAAAAGAGUUAUAUGCCAUGUUGUCUUUGUGGUAAAAGUACACAUUCCUUUGAGGCACUUAACAAUGAUGCAGAAAGUGUUGAGAUUAAAACCAGCAGUGAUGAGUUGCAACCAAGUCAAAGAGAAAAGAAGGAUGUGGAGAAGAUAUACAGAAAGCUAAAAACCAUUGAGACACAAAAGAAAAUGAGUUCUACGCCUGGUUGUCUUUGUGGUGGAAUUAUGCAUUACUUUAAAAUGCUUAAAAAGGAGGCGGAAAGUGUUGAGUGCAAAACCAGCAGUGAUAGGUCGCAGCCAAGUCAAACAGACAAGGAACGUCCAGCUGCUUUUGUUUUCUUCAGGACUCGUUAUGCAGCUAUUGUUGCUGCACAAGUUCUUCAAUCAUCAAAUCCCAUGUUAUGGGUGACACAACUAGCCCCAGAGCCUAAUGAUGUUUAUUGGUCAAACCUCUCCAUACCCUACAAGCAAAUCUGGCUCCGUAAAAUAGCAACUCUUCUGGGUGCUAUUGUUUUUAUGUUCGUGUUCCUUGCUCCAGUUACAUUUGUGCAAGGCUUGACUCAACUAGACCAGUUAAGACAAACAUUUCCAUUUCUUAAAGGAAUCUUGAAACAGAAGUUCAUGAACCAGCUUGUAACAGGUUACCUACCAAGUGUAAUUCUGAUGUUAUUUAUGUAUGCUGUUCCACCAACCAUGAUGCUGUUUUCCACAAUUGAGGGAAAUGUUUCACAUAGUGAAAGGAAAAAAAGUGCUGGCAUUAAAGUUUUGUACUUCACAAUCUGGAAUGUUUUCUUCGUUAAUGUUCUUUCUGGAUCCAUAAUUAGACAAUUGAGUGUUUUCUCAAGUUUUAGAGACAUACCUACACAACUUGCCAAAGCAGUGCCAACCCAGGCUACCUUCUUUACGACCUAUGUUUUAACAUCGGGCUGGGCAAGCUUGUCCUUUGAAGUAAUACAACUUUUCCCUCUUCUUUGCAAUGGGUUCAGAAGAUUCAUACUAAGAAGGCAGGAAGAGCCCUGUAGUAAUCAUGCUCUAACCUUCCCUCACCAUACUGAAAUCCCUCGACUUCUUCUGUUUGGACUGCUUGGCUUCACUUGUUCUAUCAUGGCACCAUUAAUAUUGCCCUUCUUGCUGGUUUACUUCUUUCUUGCUUUCCUUGUCUAUCGGAACCAGAUUCUCAAUGUAUAUGUACCAAAAUAUGAAAGCGGGGGACAGUUUUGGCCUGUUGUUCACAACACAACAAUCUUCUCUUUAGUGUUGACACAAGUUAUCGCACUCGGGGUGUUUGGUAUAAAAAGAUCACCAGUUGCUUCUGGUUUCACUAUUCCUCUAAUAUUUUUAACUCUUCUGUUCAAUGAGUACUGUAGGCAGAGGUUUUCUCCCGUUUUCAAGAGGAGUCCUGCACAGGUUCUUAUAGAGAUGGAUAAACAAGAUGAGAAUUGGGGUAGGGCAGAGGAGAUAUAUAAGCUGUUACGUACAGCAUAUUGCCAGUUCCCAUUACUGUCACUGGACUUGUCAACUUCUCAGGAGUUGUCAAUGGCUGGAAACAGCGGGCAGAACAAAGAUGAGGGUAGUUCCAAAGAUCAAGAGUCACAUAAUCCAGAUUUGAACGAAAUCAAAUUGUUAAGUUAAAAUGAAUAGUGGGUCGUUCAUCAGAAGGGGAAGGAAUAGUAUAUGAACCGAAUUGGUUCAUAGAAACAUCCGUUUAAGGCUCUGUUAAUGGUGGCAGUGGGAUAUAGGGAAUAGUACACAAGGUGACUGUUUUUGCUCCACAAAAACCAUACAAAUUUAGUUACUUUGCCAUUUUAAUUCUCACACUUAAUGGGGGCAAAGCCCUUUGAUAUGCAUACAUACUCCAACAUUGUAUAGUUUAAAAGGAAA